CGUUCCUCCAACCCAUUCUUUCUGCCUUUUCUCCAAUCAACAAUAUUUACAAAUUCCAAGACAAGAGAGCUAGUAUUAACAAUGGCUCUGUCUAAGCUACUGCCUCUAGCUAUGUGCAUGUCCUUUUUUGUCGUAACAAGUUUUGGGAAGGACUUUUCCAUUGUGGGUUACUGGCCAGAGGACUUAACUUCAAUGGAUAGACUAAUUGAGCUAUUCGAAGAAUGGAUAUCAAACCAUGGGAAGAUUUAUGAGACUAUCGAAGAAAAGUGGCACAGAUUUGAGGUGUUUAAAGACAACUUGAAGCACAUCGACGAAACAAACAAGAAAGUGACUAGUUAUUGGCUUGGAGUUAAUGAGUUUGCUGAUUUGACCCACCAAGAGUUUAAAAAUAUGUAUCUUGGUCUAAAAGUUGAGUCCUCUCGAACAAGGCAAUCCCCAGAAGAGUUCACCUAUAAGGAUGUCGUGGAUUUGCCCAAGUCGGUGGAUUGGAGAAAGAAAGGAGCUGUCACUCGUGUCAAGAACCAAGGUUCAUGUGGUAGCUGCUGGGCAUUUUCCACCGUUGCUGCAGUUGAGGGGAUAAAUAAGAUUGUUGGCGGAAAUUUGACUUCGUUAUCAGAGCAGGAACUAAUUGAUUGCGAUAGACCUUAUAACAAUGGAUGCCAUGGGGGCCUCAUGGAUUACGCAUUUUCUUUUAUUGUAUCUAGUGGUGGACUUCACAAGGAAGAAGACUACCCUUAUCUUGAGGUGGAAAGCACUUGCGAUAACAAAAAGGGGGAAUUGGAGGUAGUAACAAUCUCUGGCUAUAAGGACGUACCCGAAAACAAUGAGGCCAGCCUCAUAAAGGCAUUGGCACACCAGCCACUCAGCGUAGCCAUAGAAGCUUCAGGAAGAGAUUUCCAAUUCUACAGCGGGGGCGUUUUUGAUGGACCCUGUGGAACCCAGCUUGAUCACGGAGUCACGGCCGUUGGAUACGGAUCAUCAAAGGGAGUGGACUACAUCAUUGUGAAGAACUCAUGGGGACCCAAAUGGGGAGAGAAAGGAUACAUAAGAAUGAAGAGGAACACUGGGAAGCCUGCAGGGCUCUGUGGAAUCAAUAAAAUGGCUUCCUAUCCUACUAAAUCUAAGUGAUGAAAACAAAAUUAAUUGUCCCUUAGUUUCCCAUUUUAUAUUCCUAAGACACGGCUCUUAACUUUUAUUUCUUUGUUUUCUUCUUUCUCCCGUAAAGACAUACGAUUCUGAAGAAUAUGUGCAGACAAUGAUAUUAUGAGAGAGAACCAAUGAAACAUGAUACUUCAUCUGAUACUGUAUUCUACUUGACAUUACGAAUAUGCAAUUAGAUCAUAUCCGAAUGAUUGAAUGUA